AGCAGAGGAAAUGCAGCAGGUGGUCGACAGGCGGGAGGGCAGCAGCAGCGCCGCAGCUGGCCGGCGCAAGCGAACGCCGCAGCAGAGGGGCAUGGCCCUAAUAAAGUGAGAGAAGGUUCAAGGGAUAGAGAGGACGGUUCGCGAUCGCCGCAGCCUCAAGGCCGGACAUUGGUGCGAGUUGCGGGAGGAGGAGACAUUUCUGAUGAGGGGAAAGGCAGCAGCGUAGGGCGGCAGACUGAGGCGGAUCAACAGGGCAGCACGCAGAACAGUUGGAGAAAGGUGCAAGCGCAGGCGAUGGGUUCAAACAGGUUAUCGGCUGGACGCCAGGGUGGUGCAGAGGAAGAGAUAGAUCGGGGAGGCUCACGAAGUAGACGAAAUACCGCAGGGAGCGAGGAGGCGGGAGGACGGCAGCAAUGGCACAGGCGCUUGGAGUCAGUCUCGCCAGUAGUCAAUAAUGUUAUUGAGAACUCAGCAGCUGUAAGUGAAUCUGAAGCGGGUUGUCAAUUUGGCGUCGUCUCAAGCCGUAGUGGGACUGCUGCUGAUGCUACUGGGGAAUAUUUAGAUCCUUCGCCCAACUAUCAGGUGCCGCAUGUAAUGGAUGAUUUAAACAGGAAAGACGACGGGGUAGUCAACGCACUCAAAAGUCCACCGUCGCUCAGGGAAUCUGGGGAGGGUGUGUCGCGCAUGCUUAGGAUGCGUAGGCCGUUUGAGGCCACUUCAGCACACUCCGACUCCGUUGAAGCUGGGGAACACAAGCACUCAGGUGUGCCUGCAAGCAGUGAGCCUUCAGCAACCCGCAUGAAGGAUGCGCAAUUAGAUGCAGGAUACGGACGAAACGCCAAGAUACUGCUGCAUCCGGAAACGGCAGAAAUGCCUGUAAAAAGCAAAAACAGUGGGAACAACUCUCCUCGGCGACUUAACGUCACGAAGCUGCCAUAUGCAUAUUUCAUCAUGGGCGUUAACCAGUGGAGGCACAUCAACGAUCCUGUGCACCAGCUAAGGAUGGAAGCGGCUACUGCUCGUGCAGCAGAGAAAGCGGCUGGAAAGAAAAAAGGCCAUCCUUUGCCUCGAGAACAGAGAUAUUUAGACCCAGUCACAGGAUUAUUCGGCUUUCCGACGCGCAUGGGUCCGCAAGUCUACAGAACUGAAUUAAAAGAUCAUAAGAAACCUCUUACAUCUCCGCUGCAAGUUCGCGACAUGGACAUGUGCUACCGGCAGGAAAAACGGAAGCCCCUAGUGCAGUGCCCAGAAGGAUUUACUGCAAACAAAGAAGGUGGAUGCUUCAUGGAGGUCGCUCCAUCGUUCACAUGCCUUGGGGGAUACUUUUACGAAAACGGGCAGUGCGUGCAGCACAGGGAGCUCGAUAUUGUAGAUGAGCCGUCUGACAAAAAAACUGCCGCUGCUCAAGCUCUGUGUAAGCGAGUUUCGGAUAGUAACACAGUGGCAAACUCGCUGUGCCGAAACGCAGUGCUGGUGUGCCCAGUAAUCCGCUUUUUCAGCAACAUUGAACUCUGUUCAAGAAAGUUGAACUACGUUCACAGGUGCUCGCUUCAUGACCUACUCGUGUUACACAGGCAAUAG